AUGUCCUUUGCUGGUGACAAUUGUGAAAGCAGUGAAUCUGUACCAUUAAAUACAUGGACACAUGCUGCAUUUGUCUUUGAUAAGGUUACACUUGCUAUGUCAAUUUAUCGGAAUGGAAAUCUUGUUGGAUAUUGCAUAUCAGCGUUACCUCUUCAAGGUAUUGAAAACAAUGUUACAAUAGGCUAUAUACCAGGAAUUGUAGCAGUUUAUGGGAGUAACUUUUUUCAGGGUUAUAUUGAUCAAUUAACAAUUGUCAAUCGAGCAAAAUCAGCAUGUGAAAUACUUGAUGAUGCUACAUUGGCAACGUAUUAUGAUUUUGAUAAUAGUCCUAUACUGAAUGAUUCUGGACCUAAUUCUUUAUCAAGUACUUCACAGUUCGUCUCUUUUACAUCAUCUGGUUAUUCCUCUAAAGCUAUUUCUUUCAAUAAUUCAACAUCAUAUUUGCAAAUAAGUGGUCUUACUGGACUUGGUACUACCAAUAAAUCUUUCUCAAUUUCUCUAUGGAUUCGACCUCAUUCAUUAUCGGGAACAAUCGUUUACGUUUCAAGUACUGCAGUAGGUGCUGGUUGGUGCCUUUCGUUUAUAGGCUUUGCCACUAAUGGUUCUAUAGUGGCUCAAAUAUGGAAUGGUCCUGCUCGAACUGUUUUUGGUCCAGCUCUGUCAAUAUCUUCAGUAUGGUACCAUAUUGUUGAAACAUGGAGUUCAAUAAAUGGACUUCGACUCUAUAUUGACCGUGUUCUAAUAGCAUCGGAUCCAUCGCUAGUGACUUACACAGCCAGUUCAGCGUCAAAUUAUGUCAGAUUAGCCAAUAGACCAAAUAAUAGUUGUGCAUUUGGUGAGGUUGGUUUAACGACAGCAUUUUAUGGUGACAUAGAUGAUUUUAGAAUUUAUAGUCGAGAGCUUGCCAUUGAUGAUAUUUGUGCAUUUUAA